AUGGACGACGACGUAUUCUACUCCGACUCGGGCUCUCCGCCGCCUUCAUUUGCCCAUGAAUCGGCGAGGACUCGAGAUGUGCCCGGCUACGACUAUGACUUGAACUCGGACUUUUUAGACACUGUCCCGAGCACAGACACCCCAACGAAAAAAGCUACAAAUUCGCAAGUUGGUUCGGAGUCCAAAGUCGACGCCAAUGCCCCGUCGGACAUUCCGCGACUACGCAGCGUCCAUAGCACAGCGGGAUAUCGAGACGGAAUUGCGUUCGCCAAGAAUGAGUACAUUCAAGCUGGAUUCGACGAGGGGUAUGCAUUGGGCGCGGUCAUUGGGUUGCGAAUUGGGUGGAUCUUGGGCGCACUAGAAGGACUUUGGAUUGCAUUGGAGAAGAGUGGUCGUAAUGCAAAGGGAGAGAAGGAGAAGGGGAGUAGUGGACAUGCUCGUCGAGUUGGUUCCGGUGUGGAAGACCAGAGUGAACAGCAAGAGGUGGGCUUGGUGGGUAAUGGCAGCUCGGUAGGCCAGGACAGCGGAAGGGAGGAAGAAGGAGGAAAGGGAGAGGAAACCGAAUCAAAGAAGAUGCGCAAGCUUCUUGACGAUGCGAAUGAGGAUUUGAAAACCGAGAACGUGUUUGGGAAGAAGUACUUUGGACCUGAUGGGAUCUGGUUGUUUGAUGUUGUUGUCGGUGCUGCCGGUGGGAGUCAUGCGGAUGCACUUGCACAUGGGUCUGCGCAUGGCAAGGAUUCGAGCCAUUCAGGCGGUUCAAAAGGGGGCAACGAGGAAGCAAACGGAGUCGGAGAGGGAGAAUAUACCUUUGAAGACGUAGCAUCUUCUCACCCACUUGUCAAGAAGUGGACAGGCGUCGUCAUUGCAGAGACGCAGAAGAGAGGAGUAGCACUUGAUGUCUUUGAGGGAGCAGAGUACGAGGCACGACGAUUGGCAGAAGAUGGAUUUGCUAGUUGA